AUGGCAUCAGGAACGGGCAAUAUGACAAUGUCGGACUCUUUCGCGGCCCAAAGGCCGCCUUUCCAUAUUGGCCAGCACAGUUCUAAAAGAGAUGUACCUUUGACGGACUUGCAGUAUGGCUAUCUGCUCAAUCAAGGUAUCAAUUUCACUACGACGCCAGUCACGAAUGGCCACUUCAAAUCCAGGGUAUUCAAGCUGGUCUCCGAUCAUCUGGAGCUACUGGCGGAGAACAACGAAACAUCUACGAGCACGGAGACAGGGUCGAGAGCAGAUCCCAUUAUCCCACCUCUGACGCCAGACGACACUGGCUUGGUCCCUUCGGCUGCUGUCAACACGUAUACGGCUUACAUUAGCCCGUGGAUAGACCUGUGCUCGACCAAUCCCCUGAUUGCUAGCAUCUCACGCCAGGUUUUGAACCUGGAAGUGAAUUACGCCAACUUCUGUGGCGUGAGGAGCAUCAUCAUUGCUGGACCGUCCCGCGAUGCGUCUCAGAAUGGCGGCAACCAGGCUUUGGCGCAGUAUUCUCGUGCUGUGCAGGAAGCGCUCACGAUUGGUGCUGCGUUGACGGUUCUGAUUCACAUACCGAUGUAUCGAGAGCCUGGUAUUAAUGAGGUUGAAACGUUGGCUGUACUUCAGCCAGAGAAGACGGCCCAGGAGUCUGCGAGCAAGGAGAUUGAUCUGUUUGCUGCGUGGGCUUCUUGGCACCAUGUUCGAUCUGUCUGUAAUUACAACUUGCGACUAUAUGUUGCUCUUCAAAUACCCCGAGUGAUGCCCGAAAAGGAUUUGCAGACAAGGUGGUUUGCCGAGCCUCUGCAUUAUCUGACCAUUGGCCCAGAGGUCUUCCAGAAGAACAAGAGCGGCUUUCCGUCGCUCUCAAAGCACCACCAAGACAUGAUCUUUAGCUACAUGAGGCUCAAGGUUGUACCGUGGUUUCUACUGUGCGAUGUCGGUCCUGACGCCGCAGGCUUCAAGGCCGACGAUCCGUCUAUACUGUCAGUGGCUAAUCGACAGGGGCUAACCGACGACGACUUCCCUACUCUAAGUGAUGCUGCCAACAUGUCACCAAGCCAGAAUAGUCGCCCUGGUGUCGAUGCGCACAUGGCAUACUUGCAGUGGCUGGAGUCACAACAGCCUCCUUUCACAGCCCUGGAAUCGCCAACUUUGACCAGUUUCCAGGAUUGGCUGCAGUCUCCCCUUCAACCUCUGUCGGAUAACCUUGAGUCUGCAACGUACGAAGUAUUUGAAGGAGAUCCCGUAAAAUACGACCAGUACGAAGCUGCCGUCAUUGAAGCACUAUCAGAAUGGAAAGAACUCGACCUACCUACCUCCAAAGAAGGCGGCGUCGUAGUCAUCGCCGUCGCCGGAUCGGGACGAGGACCAUUGGUUACACGUGCCUUGAAGGCAGCAGAAUAUACAGGCGUGGAAGUGGAAGUCUGGGCGGUGGAAAAGAACCCCAACGCCUACGUUUACCUCCUACGCCAGAACCAGACGCUCUGGGGCGGAAGAGUCAAUGUCGUCAAGACUGACAUGCGAGCCUGGAAAGGUCCUGUUGUAUCUCAAUCCCCAGAUGGCCCCGUCCACGGCAAGGUCGACAUUCUCAUCUCGGAACUACUCGGCUCUUUUGGCGACAACGAACUCUCCCCAGAAUGUCUAGACGGCAUCCAGCACGUCAUCGCCAAACCGCAUGGUAUCUCCAUCCCGCACUCGUACACAGCCCACAUGAGUCCCAUAUCUACCCCGAAAGUGUACGGAGACAUCCUAGCCCGCUCGGCCACAGAGUCUACGGCCUUCAACACACCCUGGGUUGUCAGACUCUACGCCCUAGACUUUGUCUGCCAAAAGGUCCCCGGACGCCCACGAUUCCAACAAGCCUGGGAAUUCUCACACCCCAUCCCAGAAUCCACGCUUGCAAACGUCGAGGCCCGACGCUCCGGUGGCAUUAUGGGCGGCGGCGGAGGCAGCAUGGCCGGAGCGGCAGGCGCAAAUGAUCAUAACUCGCGGUACUGUCACGUUACGUUUGUGUGUCGCUCGCAGGGCGUCACCCACGGCCUGGCAGGUUAUUUCGAGUCUACGCUGUACGAAUCAAGGCUCAAUGGGCACGAGGGUGAAAAGGUUGAAAUCAGCACGCACCCUGAGAGGAUUGAUCAGAAGAGCAAGGAUAUGAUUUCGUGGUUCCCCAUCUUUUUCCCGUUCAAGGAGCCGAUUUCGUUCCCGGCCGAUACGGAACUCGAGGUGAGUAUGUGGCGACAGACGGAUGAUACAAAGGUGUGGUAUGAGUGGUUGGUGGAGGCGUGGACGUGGGUUGGGCAGUCGUCACGAAUCAAAGUUGGAUCUUCAGGGCUUUGUAGCAGCCGCAAAGUUGCGUGUCUGAUGUAG